AUGGUCAAAGCCGGUGAUUCCAUCCCCAAUGUCGACCUCGUCGAAGGUUCCCCUGGUGAUAAGGUCAACCUGUCCAAAGAGCUCGCCUCCGGCAAAGGCCUCAUCAUUGGCGUGCCAGCAGCCUUCAGCCCUUCUUGCUCGGCCACUCAUAUCCCUGGCUACAUCGGCAGCGACAAGCUCAAGAAUGCCGGCAAGGUCUUUGUUGUCUCGGUCAAUGACCCAUUUGUCAUGAAAGCCUGGGGUGCAACCCUUGACCCAACCUCCAAGACUGAUGUCCGCUUUCUUGGUGAUCCGUCCGGUCAAUUCACUAAGGACCUUGACCUCUCGUUUGAGAGUGCUGCUGUCUUUGGCCAGGAUCGUAGCAAGCGUUACGCAUUGGUGGUUGAGGAUGGCAAAGUGAAGAGCGCUCACGUGGAGCCCGACAACACCGGAGUCAAUGAGUCCGCUGCUGAGAAGGUCCUCGGCAACCUCUGA